GAAUCUAACCUUUGUCCAGGUUUCAGCUCAUCAGGGAAGAUUAAAAAAUUGCACCAGUUAGCAUCCACAUUUGUUUCGUCGUAAGUUAAUUUGUUAUUGGGUAAUGUCGUUAACUUGGAUGAGCAAGGGUGGAGGUUUAAUUAAUGUAGUAUCUCCAAUGUGAAGGUUGCACAUUUUGGAGCUACAUAUUGGACACUUCCCUAAUCUUUCUGAACUUUGAUCCGGGAUCCUCCACAGGACAACAAACUCGCUCUAUCUCAGGAUUGGCCUGAUCCCUUCAUCUUUCAGUCCCCUUCAGCUUCUCAGCAGACGUGCGUCUGAACAUGGACCUGAGUACCAUUCUCUUGUUCCCAGUACAUGUAGUAGUGAGGCUCUACUCACUCUUGAGCUUAUUACCAUGGUUCUUCCUGACUGGAGCUCAGAAAAAGAAAGCCCUGGCAAAGAGAGUCAAAUCCAGGUCAACCACCGGUCAGGCUGAAGGGCCGUAUCGUUCCGUGGAUCGCUUCGACUACCUGGUCACAGAGGACUUCCCUGGAAAAGACACCCUUGAUAAGCUGUUUGACUAUGCAGUGGAGCGAUUCGGUAAAACGGACUGCCUAGGAACCAGAGAAGUUUUGAGCGAAGAAAAUGAGACUCAGCCGAAUGGGAAGGUCUUCAAAAAGUUUAUUCUGGGCAAUUAUAAGUGGUUGUCCUAUGAGGAGAUGGACACUCAGGUCAGUCAGUUUGGGAGCGGACUGGCAGCACUAGGCCAACAGCCAAAAAGCACCAUCGCGAUUUUCUGUGAGACACGGGCAGAGUGGAUGAUCACGGCUCAGGCCUGCUUCAGACGCAAUUUCCCAUUGGUCACCUUUUAUGCAACUCUAGGAGAAGAGGCAAUGGUUUUCGGAUUGAAUGAGUGUGGAGCUACACAGCUGGUCACCAGCGUGGAAUUGCUGGAAACCAAACUGAAGAAUGUUCUUCCACAAAUCCCCAGACUGAGGCAGAUCAUCUAUGUGGACAGGAAGAGCAUCAGCACAGUGGGAUAUCCACAGGGCAUUCAGAUCCAUAGCAUGCACUCUGUGCAAGAGCUGGGAGCCAAGCCAGAAAACUUGAGCAGACCCAUAGUGAAGCCCGUCCCAUCAGACCUUGCUGUUAUUAUGUACACCAGCGGCUCCACCGGUAGACCUAAAGGGGUGAUGAUCAUUCACAGUAACCUGAUCGGGGGCAUGGCAGGCCAGUGCGAGAGGAUACCUGGUUUGGGACCAAAGGAUACCUAUAUUGCCUAUCUUCCUCUUGCUCAUGUGCUGGAAAUGACAGCUGAGAUCUCGUGUGUGACGUACGGCUGCAGGAUCGGCUAUUCCACACCACAAACACUGUCUGAUCAGUCAACCAAAAUUAAGAAGGGAAGUAAAGGUGACUGCACUGUGCUGAAACCUUCUCUAAUGGCCGCCGUACCUGAAAUAAUGGACCGGAUCAAUAAGAACGUCAUGAGUAAAGUGCAGGAGAUGAACUGCGUGCAGAGAACCCUGUUCAAACUGGCCUACGACUAUAAGCUCGAGCAGAUCAAGAAGGGUUAUGAUGCGCCCCUGUGCAAUAUUUUGUUUAAGAAAGUCAGAGCUCUGCUGGGUGGAAACGUGCGGAUGAUGCUGUCCGGAGGAGCCCCUCUGUCUCCCGCCACUCAGCGCUUCAUGAACAUCUGCUUCUGCUGUCCUGUUGGUCAGGGUUACGGUCUUACUGAGACCUGUGGAGCGGGAACUAUAACUGAGGUUGCUGACUAUAGCACAGGACGAGUUGGAGCUCCUCUGAUCUGCUGUGAGGUCAAACUCAAAGACUGGGCAGAAGGUGGCUAUACGAAGCAUGACAAGCCUCAUCCACGUGGUGAGAUCCUCAUCGGAGGUCCUAAUGUGACCAUGGGCUACUUCCGGAGUGAAGGCUGUAAUAAUGACUUCAUUGUGGAUGAGAACGGCCAGCGGUGGUUCUGCACUGGUGAUAUAGGAGAGAUGCACCCUGACGGCUGUCUUCAGAUUGUCGAUCGCAAGAAGGACCUUGUGAAACUUCAAGCAGGGGAGUAUGUCUCUUUAGGCAAAGUUGAGUCCGCUCUGAAGAGCUGCUCUCUCAUUGACAACAUCUGCGCUUAUGCAAACAGUGACCAGAAUUACGUUAUCAGCUUCAUUGUUCCUAAUGAAAAGAAGCUGACAGCUCUUGCCAAUCAGAAGGGCAUUGAGGGCACAUGGGAAGAGAUUUGCAACCACCCAGUUAUGGAAAGGGAAGUUCUGAGAGCAAUUAAAGAAGUUGCAACUUCAAUUAAACUCCAGCGCUUUGAGAUACCAGUUAUGGUCCAUCUGAGCCCGGAGCCCUGGACCCCUGAAACAGGCCUGGUGACGGACGCAUUCAAACUCAAGAGGAUAGAACUGAAGAACCACUAUCUCAAUGACAUUGAAAGAAUGUAUGGACGCAAGUAGGACCGCCCUUACAGCCAAAGACAUAUUCAUCAUCAGCUCCUUGCCGUACAACAUUACUGUAUAUCAAUCAAUGUUAAACACAUUUUUCCACAACGGUCACCACAGCCCAUUGCUUAUUGAUGUGCACAAAUUUUCAAAGACGAACAAUGUUGAUAAGCCGUUGGUCUGUGUAUUUUUAGUCCUGAGCUCUGGGCUUUUCAUUCAGAGCUCUGUAGUCUCUCUGCUGUGAAAUAGUGUACAGUUAGUCGUAGCUGAUUAGCUUGAGACCUAUUGGGUAAAGCUGAUGUUUAUCUUAUCCAGCAUAAAGCAUCCACUAAUUUAAUCCUUUUGGUAUACAAAAGGAGUCUCUUGCGAAAAGGAUUUCAUCCAUACAACAGCGAUAUACUGCCAUCAACUUGCGCCUUCUUUUUUCGAACGUGUGUUUGUAAAAAUGUCCAAAAUGUAGCUGAGGUGAAGUCUUUGCACUGUGGGACACAAGUAAUAUAUAGUGAUGUUUCUGUGCCUUCUGAUUGGUCACUAUUUUUAAACACUGAUUCCCUAUUGGCUGCAAGUUAGAAUUUGAUUCCUGUGCUUCAUUCAUGAAGUGCACUUGGAGUUAGUCUAAAUAAUGGUUACAAAGCAUGUUUUUUUAUAUAUAUACUUGAAAUUUCUUUUUGUUUUGGUUAUGAAAAUGUAUGUAAUGUUUUUGAAUACUAAUUGACACAUUUUCUAGUGCUCAUGGAUUGACUCAGGACAGGUUGAGAUGACUGGCAAGUAGUUUGUUGCUCAUUUGACCGGUUUGUUGACUGAAAUUAAAUGAAGGGAACACUGUUUAUCAAUAGUUUUUCCCUCUCAAGCCAGAGGUAAGGUUUGUAUUAUAUCUGUAUCAUCUUUCACGUCAGAUGUUUUCAGACCAUUCAUUUUACUGUAAGUGUCUGAUUGUCACAAGCUCUCUUGUCUGUCGCAAAUGCCACUUCUGCAGGUGUUUAAUAUAUUUGAUAUGUCAUUAAAACCAGUCCUCAAUACUUAACAUAUAAAGCUGAAAAGGAACAAGAAGAAAGUGUUCAGAACUUCAAAACAAGCAUAUGAAUUUUGAGGUUGAGGAACCUUGUCAGUCAUUUUUAUAUUGUAUUCUGUUUUAAUUUAUUUGGUCAAACCUAGACAUUUAAUUUGAAUCCUUGUUUAUUUUUCUGAAGAAUUGUGAUCUGUACAGGCGUUAUUUGUUACCAACUGUCUUUCUAGAGAGUUUUAUUUAUAAUUAUUUUGUCAGUUGCACUAUUCUUUUUUUUUGUCAAGGAGAUUUAACCAUUGUUAAAUGAAUAGCCAUUAAGCGAACAAAUUCAGCAGUCCCCCCCCCCCCACAACCCUCAAGGUUCACGUCACCACAAGCAAGACUAUACAGCAGUCAAAUGUUUACAUUGAUGGAUUGUGAGUUCACUUGUAGAAUGUUCUAUGAUGACUUAUUUAUUGUGGUUCACUGUAUGUGAUAUUUGCUGAGGACAAGUAAAAUCAUUUUCUACUC